AGGAGGGACGGUGACAAUAAUAGCUGCCACCAGGGGAUGGGUGAGGGACUGGGAAAAGUGUCGGCCCUGAGUGGAGCUGGAGACGCAAAGGGGUCGCCAGGGCGCGCCGGGGAGAGCAGAGAAGCCGAGGCGGCGGCUGCAUCUCCAGUCUGGGGCGGCGGCCGUGCCGGGAGCUGGGGCGCGCGGAGCUGUCCGUUCAGCACUACCGCGCCGCACCCCGGCGCAGGGCCCGCGCCCAGGCGCUCGGGCUCCGCUCCCGCUCCACCUCCCGCGGGCGCCUGCGGCGCGGGCUGCUGUCUCUCCUGGGGGCUGAGAGGCGCGCAGAUCGAGGGAGGGGGUGCUUUGCGAGGGCUGGGGCCACGCAGCCACCUGUGAGCCUCUGGCAACUGCGGGCAACGGCAGCGUCUCCGGUCAGGGACAGAAGAAGACGCUUGGCGGACCCCGCCCGCCGGCCCGCAGGGCGCACACACAGGCUCACACACACUCACACCCGCGCGCACACGCACAGCCAGCCAGCAGCGGCGGCCGCAACGAUGCUAACAAGCAGGUCUGGGAAGUUUCCCGCCGGCCUCCGCCGUGGGCUCCGGUGUUCGCAGGUAUAGCGCCCCCGCGCGGCGCGGGCGGCUGGGCGUCUCGAGCAUGACCGGCCAGAGCCUGUGGGACGUGUCCGAGCCCAACGUCGAGGAUGGAGAGAUCCGAAUCAACGUCGGAGGCUUCAAGAGGCGGCUGCGCUCGCACACGCUGCUGCGCUUCCCCGAGACGCGCCUGGGCCGCCUGCUGCUCUGCCACUCGCGCGAGGCCAUUCUAGAGCUCUGUGAUGACUACGACGAUGUCCAGCGAGAGUUCUACUUUGACCGCAACCCUGAGCUCUUUCCCUACGUGCUGCAUUUCUACCACACCGGCAAGCUUCACGUCAUGGCGGAGCUGUGCGUCUUCUCCUUCAGCCAGGAGAUCGAGUACUGGGGCAUCAACGAGUUCUUCAUUGACUCCUGCUGCAGCUACAGCUACCACGGCCGCAAAGUGGAGCCCGAGCAGGAGAAGUGGGACGAGCAGAGCGAACAGGAGAGCACCACGUCCUCCUUCGAUGAGAUCCUGGCCUUCUACAACGACGCCUCCAAAUUCGAUGGGCAGCCCCUGGGCAACUUCCGCAGGCAGCUGUGGCUGGCGCUGGACAAUCCCGGCUACUCUGUCUUGAGCAGGGUCUUCAGCAUCCUGUCCAUUCUGGUGGUGCUGGGGUCCAUCAUCACCAUGUGUCUCAACAGUCUUCCAGACUUUCAAAUCCCCGACAGCCAGGGCAACCCUGGCGAGGACCCCAGGUUUGAAAUAGUGGAACACUUUGGCAUCGCCUGGUUCACGUUUGAACUGGUGGCCAGGUUUGCUGUAGCCCCCGACUUCCUCAAGUUUUUCAAGAAUGCCCUAAACCUUAUCGACCUCAUGUCCAUUGUCCCCUUCUACAUCACCUUAGUGGUGAACCUGGUGGUGGAGAGCACACCUACCUUGGCCAACUUGGGCAGGGUGGCCCAGGUCCUGAGGCUGAUGCGGAUUUUCCGCAUCCUAAAGUUGGCCAGACACUCCACCGGCCUCCGCUCGCUGGGGGCUACCCUGAAAUACAGCUACAAAGAAGUAGGGCUGCUCUUGCUCUACCUCUCCGUGGGGAUUUCCAUCUUCUCUGUAGUGGCCUACACCAUCGAAAAGGAGGAGAAUGAGGGCCUGGCCACCAUCCCUGCCUGCUGGUGGUGGGCCACCGUCAGUAUGACCACUGUGGGGUAUGGGGAUGUGGUCCCAGGGACCACGGCAGGGAAGCUGACUGCCUCUGCCUGCAUCCUGGCAGGUAUCCUCGUGGUGGUACUGCCCAUCACCUUGAUCUUCAAUAAGUUCUCCCACUUUUAUCGGCGCCAAAAGCAGCUUGAGAGUGCCAUGCGCAGCUGUGACUUUGGAGAUGGAAUGAAGGAGGUCCCUUCCGUUAAUUUAAGGGACUACUAUGCCCAUAAAGUUAAGUCCCUCAUGGCAAGCCUGACAAACAUGAGUAGGAGCUCACCAAGCGAACUAAGUUUAAAUGAUUCCCUGCAUUAGCCGGGAAGGACUGUCAUCCUCAACCCCCCCCUGCUGAGCUGCCUCUUGCUCCUCUGGCACCUUAGGUGUAAGGAAUAUGCCCAGACCCAAAGGGGAGAGAGGCAUGGGCUAUGCACCCCAGGUUGUUUUCAUGGUAUUUAGAAUAAGUCUUGGCAGUGUGUCUGACACCAUAACUUUGCACCUUUCAAUGAAAUGACACUCAUUGGUCUUUGCAUUGUGGACAUAAAAUGUUCACCUUUCUGCCAGAUGAGUAGCCCCCCAGAAUGCUAAUUUUCCUGUUCACUGUGUAUUCUAGUGCUUGUGGCCCAGUACUGUCUGUGAGUUGUUUGUGCUCCUGUUUCUGAGGUUGUCAUGUGAGUUCUGUACAAAAAUCCCCCACAAAUCUGUCCAGAGGAAACACAUCUAUGGGGUCAGCGAGGAUAUGACAAGAUUUUGCUCACAGUCAUGUGAAAACAAAAUCUCAGCUCUUUAUCCAUUGCUUCCAUUUAGUUUUAAUACCAAAACAAAGAGAAUGUGAAGUUAUGCACACAUGACCAGUGCAAGUCUCUGAUUGUUUUUAUAAAUGAUCUAUAGCUUUGUGGCUUGCAUGGGUACACCAGUCACCUUUAGAACCAUGUAUACUGAUGUUCAUCUCAUAAUGUUAUUCUUUAGAGAAUGUUACUCAGUUAAAUAUGUAGUGAAGAUUAAAAAUUUUUCCCAAGAACAGAUGCAUUAGGGACAGGGCUUCAGCUAAGUAUCGGCCAAAUUACAAGAUGCUGAAAGACCUUUUGAAUUCAGGCCUCCGACUUUCCUAGGAGAAAUUCAUUUCUGGCCGAGGUUCCUGGUCUACGCCAAUUGACCAAACUUUGCUGUGUCUUAGAUAUCAGCAUGUCUUUUGCGAUAUUUAUUUCUUAAGGUCUUUAGAAAUUAGGUUGUAUGUCUUUCUCAGAAGGCAUUUACUGUUGUCUUGUGUCCUCGAGGAAAACGUUGGAUUGCUAGCAAGGGCAGUAGCUUAGAAACUUUUGUCGCCUGCUCUGAAAGCUUGUCAAAUAAGAGCCCUUUUAUUUCCAAGCAGAAUUUACUUAGAUAAUUUUGCUUUUAGGAUACAAUCUGUUAUAUAUGAUGCUUUAAUUGCCCUGUAGUUCCUGUAUGACAUGGAAACCUGUUGGUGUGGAAGUGUGUACUCAAAAUACAGACAUGCAUGAAGGCUGUAUGGCUUAUCCAGGAUGGAAAUAUUAUAGUUCCUAUUUCCAUUUUCAUGGCCUUUUGUUGGGGGAGUGGGGGUAGAGGCUAGAAGGAAGGAAAGAAUUGUAAAACAAAACAUCGCUGCUUCAUAAAGGGUCAUAAAUAAUCGCAAACUUGAAAAGCUUAGUGCUCUUUAAAAGACCUUGAAACUUUUAAACUUGUGUUGAAGGUUGAGAACUCUUUCCUUUUCCAAACCACCCUCCCGCCUCCUCUUCAGUUAACUAGUGCAGUAACAUUGUGAAGGGGAACCUGGGGCCCUUCAUAGAAAUAGUUCUCUGUUACCUUCUAGGUAAUCAGAAGGCUUUCCAGUUGGCUCCCAUUAUUGUUCAGUUUUUGGAAAGGCUACAGAAUCCAGGGGCCUAAGCAUGGAGUUAGGCUUUUUAUGCAAAGCUUGGACCUUCCCUAAAGAGGUCCAUUUUGUGUCUUAGUCGUUGGAAGAUAAUACAUACCUCAUGGAGGUGGCAAGGAUCUUGUCAAAAGGCUUUGUGUACUUGUAGUUGCCAUGGCUACUACCUAGCAGGCAAUUUCUUGGAUGAAUGCACUAGUCACUUACUCCCUUGAGUCCCCAGUUGGGAUCCUUCCAUCAGGCUGGAGCCUCAUGCGGGCAGGGAGGCAGCCACCUCCUAGUGCCUGAUGGUCUACCACUUACAUCUGUUUCUCAGCAGCAUUAGGAAACGUGAGAUGACUUAGGGGCAUCUGGCCACCAAGUCAGAAGAGCAGGGUUAUUUUUCAGAAUCUGUACAUGAAGUACUUGGCUUUGGCUGAUGGCUCCAGAGAAUUAACAAAAUCAUCCCCAGCUGCACUGAAGGCCAAGUGAGGGCUGUUCAGUUUGCCAAGGCUGAUGGUAUUGGGUUGCCUAGUGUGAUAUCCAUGGUCACAUUCACAACCACAAAGCUUGUGAAAAGUAGAAACAAGGAAGGAGGCAGAAGAGCUCAGUCACUUUCAUGAGUAUUUUUCUAAACAGGUAGGUUUUACCACUAAUAAAGAGAUCUCCCUAGUAGUUACUCUUUGCAGAUGUGGAAGCUAGAACACUUGACUUUCCAUUUUGGUAAUGACUUUGCUUUUAUCUGGUGCCUUUCAUUGGGGGAAUCCCAAAGUGCUUUAGAGACUGCCUUUUUAAUAUCCCUUGUACAUAUAUAUACUUGUAUAAAAUAUUGCUUUGCCCAUCCUGGACCUUCAGUCCCUUCUGAGUAUGAGAAUGUCCUAAUAGCAUCGAGAUCUACAAGCGGUGGUUUCAGGUAAGAGGCAGAGAGAACAGCUGGUCUAAACACCUGAGUUAAUUUCCACAAAGGACGGAGACUCAGAGUGACCUGGGGGAAAUAACUUUCCUCUCCUCCACAGUACCAGCAGUGCACAAGUGCUCCCUACUGGGCUGACUGAUGCUACUAGGUAACAUCUUAUGUAGCAGUUUCUUCCGGUCCCUGAAACCAGUCAGGGAGGCCAGGUUAAUUUUCUUCUUUGUUUCUGGGGUUAAGAAUAUAAGUAUGAAGAGGCAACUUUGGCCACCAGGCUUUCAGACUGACCCAUAAACCUCCUUUAGGGGGACACAGUAGAAGCCUCAGGUCACUUAUUUCCAGCUGCUGCCUUGAGAGCAGCUUCACUCCUGACAUUUGAAGGUUGUUAUUUUCGACACCCAUGGGGCAAAUAUAUGGGCCAGGCUUUUCUCAUAUAUGUGAUGAGAAUUUUGAAAGUGCUGGCUGGGAAGUGGUAUCGUCUUUGUUGCAUAGAUGUCCAUUGAUUAUAUAGGUUGGUGUUUUCUGCCAAAUCCCCAUAUUUCCUGGGUUUGCUACUGAAGAGGGGCAUGUUGUAAUGCCAAACUAAGUUGUAGCUCCUCAGGUAGUAACUGGUAUUUAAUAUUUGGAUUUGUUACUUCUACUUAUCUUAGUACUCAAAUAAUUGAACUACCUGCUAAUUCUUGCCUCAUUUCAAAGAAAAUGAUUUGUUAUGCACUUUGGGAUGGUAGUGAUGUGUACAGACUGUAUGUUAUCUACUUGAAGGUUUAGCUGGUAUUUCUUGUAUGUUUUAACAGCAUGACUUAUUACAGAGUUGUAAUUUUAAAAAUUGAGAACGCUGUAUUUGCGAUGUCAGUGUUAACAGUCAUUAACACACUACUGUGCAAGCAUUGACAGAGGCGCUGCUGAGACGUUAUGGCUGAUGGCUGCACUUUAUUCUCUGUCUCAACUUGGGAAUGAGGAGUAACACUGACACACUCAGGACUCCAGCCUGGAGGAGCAUGCAGAUUAAACAGCAAAAAGUUAUUACAUUUCCUUACGGCAUUUACUACACAUAGAGUGGGAAACACAACAAGGAUAUUCGACCGUGGGGACCGGGUUUCCUGAGAACUGUCCAGAUCUCCUGGGCUUUUUGGGCAUUUGGUGGGAAGAGUUGUAUUUAUUCUUUGCAGGCAUGUAGAGGUAGGGUCCCUUUUUCACCAGUAUAUAGAGCUAUCAACCUGCUUUGUAGAGGACUGGUAGUUUAUUUUUGGAGCCCUUGUGCAAUAGACAUUUCUUGCAGGAUUUUCCCCUUCCACACUAUCUUGCUCAGCACCACUAAUGGGUUUGCCAAUAGCAGUCCCACCCCACCCCCAGGUGCCAUUCUCCCUCCGGCUGUAGUACCUCCUUGACAGUAAAUCAGAUUCUGGGUAAGCUGAUGGUCCAGGUUGGUAUGCUGUGAAUAUUGCUGGGAGAUACAUAGAACCAGCCCUCAACACCUACUUAACCUGGUAGUGACUUAAACUAGGAGCCAUUCUGAAGGCAGCAAACCUGUAGGAAGGUCACUGGGCUCACUGGGCUCUGCUCCUUCCUUUGCCUUCAGCUCUAUAAUCUUAGGCUCACCACUUAGCCUCGCUGAACCUCACAUCCCACUGCUGCAAAAUGAGGUUGGAUUACAUCAUCUUUAGAGCUCUGCCCAGCUCUUCAUCUCAAUGUAUAAACAGAAUUUCUGCAUGUCCCUCUACCUCUCCGUUACAGCAGGGAGCAGAUCCCAAUAUCUUUAAUUUAUUUUUAAGCAGAGCAGAAGGACUGCUCACAAAGAACCUUCUACUUGCUUUCAUUUCUCUCUUCACAGCCAACUACAAUAGACAACAGUUCCAGGGACAAUGAUACCAGAGAAAUACAUAAGCUGGUGUCUGUGCCAGGUGAACAGUUUGAAAACAAUCAACCAGUUUCUCCUUUAGGCUUUAAGCUAUUCACAUUUAAAUCAAAGUCAUCUUAUUAAAAAUCAUUAGAGAGGAAAAUUAGCCACAGGGCUACCUUUCUGCCAUUUUAUAUUAGUUCCCUUUGCAUAGCCUGGGAUCUCCCACCCCUUUCCUUAAGUGGACAUGGGAUGAUGGACCACCCCCAUCCUCACUGAGGAGCAGGGCCAUCUGCAGGCGUUACUGCUGCAUAACCUGAAGGAGGGUGUGGCGACCUGUGUUCACCUUGCCCCCAGUCUUCUAUGGCUGAGGAUGGGCAUUGGAGGACCAAUAUGCAGACCUGAGCAGACACUAAGGGUUACCAAAGUCGUUGUAUUCCCAUAAAGCAGGGAAGAGUGCAUCUCCUCCCUCCAGCAGGGGUAUAAAUGUAUGUUCAGGGAUAUUUUGGGGCCAGGAUGCCUUGCAUCUUAAAAAGAAAAACAAACACCUCCUCUUGAGGGAAGAACUUAAAUGCUACAUUCACAUGGUUAUUAUCUCCUCCUAUUUUUAGGAGAAUUUUAACUAGAGUUUCUACCCAAGGACCUUGUCUUGGAAUCACAACCGACUGAUACUGUAGAUCUGAAGACGGGAAACAUUUCCCUCCUCCUGUGGCCUCAUUUGUCAAUAUCCUCCUCCUCUGGGCUUAAUUCUCCAAAGCAAGUGGCUUUGUCUGCAGGUGAAAAGCUGAUGCUUUCAGCUAUAUACAAACAAGGCCUUUAAGACAUGGCCAAGGGGAAGGGACAUGGCAGAGGAGGAAGGAAGACUCUGUCUGGGGGCUGGUGCAAGUUCUUACAUCAGGAAAGGGAAGAAACAGCCAGGGAGAAGAGGACAGACAAGGGGUGCCACGAGAAGAGAGUGAAUAAAAGAAAAGAACAAGGGGGAAAGAGCAGACAGUAAGUUAAGGAGAACAGGAGAGGCUCUGUGUAAUGAAUUAUAUUAGCCUUCUGUUGAAUUCAUUUUCUUUCCUGUCAACAUAGCAUGCCCUGAGUCUGCCCUGAGCCCACCAGUGGCCUCCUGGGAGGUGGUAGAGCAGGAGCCCAUGCCCCCAUCUCCACCUGGUCCCUCUCCAACCAUGGGGGCCACAGGCUGGUGGAACAGAGAUAUGGGAACUACUGAAAGCCUUUGGGUGAAGAGGGCAUGCGGACACAAGGAAAGAUGGGGUGAAUGUGUCCCAUUAAAGAUGGGACUACUGGGUUGCAGGAA